ACCAGAAUUUGAUAUAACAGGCGAUUGUAAACCCGAAAUCAAACGGUGCCGAAAGAUGAAUGAGAUGGUGUCGUUGCGGCGGCAGAGGAGUGAGUCCGGUCAUAGCAACGGCAUGUGAUGCUUGAAGGUAAGGCGACCUUCAAGCUAUGGAAAUUACGGUCAAAGAGCAGGAAAAAAUUCCUCAAGGGUCGAAGAAUCAAAUUCAAUCCUUGAUGUUGAGAGGUUCUAGAGUUCGGAACCCAUCGUUGGAUCCGUACCGUUCAGAUAUAUCCAGUUGGUGAGGGCGAGAAGCCGAGCUACCGAAGGUGAGGUCAAAUGUGAUAUCGAGAUUCCAGAAGAGGGUGAGAUAAGGAGCAUUGUGUGGGAAAACCAGAGGUGAGAGAACAGAAAAGGGUGAGGCGAGACGAGCAAAGAUCGAGAGAGAGAAAGGUGAAUGGCGAAGAGAUCUACCCAAGGAACAUAUAUAGGAGAGUAAGGCGACAUGAGGUGCGAGCGGGGAGAGGACGAGAGAGAAUCUUACACAAAUUGUUCUUGUACGCGCCUUGGAGUGCCCGGCAAGGAGGAAAGUCAAACGUACAAUUUGUCAACCAAACCAGACAAAUAAAGUCAAACACAUUAGCUAACUAACUAACUAACUAACAGGCUUGUAUAAAUGCGUUGUCAACUCCUGCCGCUGGAAGAAUCUUACGCACAUUGUGGAGAGAUCUGUUCUCAAACGGUUGAAAGAUCUAAAAGAAUAUGGGAGAUUGGUCUGAACUGCCUCAAGAGCUGCUCCAUCUGAUCGCUCAACGCAUCGACAACUGCUUCGAUCUCAUCCACUUCCGCUCCGUCUGUUCCACGUGGAGAUCUCAUACUCCUCCCAGGAUUCGCGACGUGUCCCUCCUCCAAUGCCCUCUUCCUCCGGACGAGGGCGGCUUCGGAGAUGACUGUCACAUGUCCAAGCGACGUGUUUACCUUCUCAAGUGGCCUUCAGGAGACCGUCAUCGAUAUUGUUUGUUAAAGCUACGAGAGGAGGAGAAUGGAGAACUGGUUCCGCAAAACUUGUUCGAGAUGAGAUGCUCAAACGAAUACAAGAUGGAGUAUCCUCGGGUAUCGUUUGACUUGCUCAACUGUCAGGUAACUGAACUAGAGUGCGAACACAUGGCUUGUUACACCGAAUGGUUCGAACCAUUUGAAUGCCAGUUCAAAGCGGAAGAGAAGGUCGGUUUCAUAAGGUUGGGCGGAGGGAAUGAAGAUUUUGCGGUUUUUGGGAGGCUAUCUUUCAAGAGGCUCGCCAUGUUUAGAUCAGUGGAUAAGUGUUGGACCAUUCUUGAUCCCGCUCAAAGAGAUUAUGAAGAAACUGCGUUAUUCAACGGAAAGUUCUACACAGUCGAUUUCUCAGGCAAGACUACAGUGGUAAAAAAGCCUUAUCAAGAAGUGAGUUUCUUUAAGAUGUCAAGGCCUCUCGGCAAGGCAAAGACAAUGAAGCGUAGGCUUAUACGGUCGGGAAAUGAACUCUUACUCGUGGAACUGUGGAUGGAGAGUCUCAAUUAUCGCGAGUGGGGAAAACCUGAACGUCGAAAGAAGAUAAGGGUUAAGAUUUGCAAGUUAGACGAGGAGAAAGAAGAAUGGGAUGAAGUAGAAGAUCUGGGAGAUCGUGUCUUGUUCUUGGCUUAUCCGAGUUCAUUCUCUUGCUUGGCUAGUGAUAUUCCGGUGAUCAAGGGCAACUCCGUCUUCUUCAUGGAGUUCUGGGGCGAGAGCCGUGAUUCACACGAUUGUAUCUUGGUGUUCGAAUUAGCGGAACAAAGCGUUAGAUCGGUAAAAGAUAUUCCGGCAUAUGUUGAGCUGUUCCAAUCGCCGGCAGGUUGGGUAAUCUCAAACCAGUGGUCGGAUUAAGGUACUCACUUUUCAAUGUACUGGUGUGGUGUUUGAAAGAAAAGGACAGUUAUCUUUCAGAUCCUUAUGUCUGAGUCUUGUUCUUGUUGGUCCAACUGUAUCUGAUUCUAUCUGUUUAUAGAUCGAUUGAUUCCUGGGUUUCUUGGGUCUCAAGGAAAUCCCAACAUCGCAUAGGCUUUUAGGGUUUGUGUAGAAGACAUGGGCUCUAACUGUUAAUGGGCCUGAAGAAAAAUUUUCAGCCUUAUCAAUAAAAUAAUCCAAGUCUCAA